UUGUAGUCGUUAGAAACCCUGAUAGUGACAUGACAAAUCAAACUACACUCUGAAAAAUAUACAACAAGCCAAGUAAAAAACCAACCAGAUCUUUUGAAGAAGACUCCUGCACAAACAGACAGGAUGCAUGGCCGAGUGAAGGUGAAAUCUACAGCCCAGCAGGAGGAGGAGAAGAGAAAGGAGAGGGAGAAGAAGCUGAAGAUAUACGUGGCUGCACGAGACGCCUGUUUCUCUAAGAGAAAAGAGGGCAUCUGGGACGAGGGGGCUCUCCAGAUUACCCAGCAGCUGCUAUCAUCCAAUCCUGACUUUGGAACCCUGUGGAACUACAGAAGAGAGAUCCUCAUGCACCUGGAGACUGUGAAGGACGAGGAUGAAGUGCAGAAGAUUUACGAGGCCGAGCUGUCCUUUCUGGAGUCUUGCCUGAAAGUGAACCCAAAGUCGUACGGCAGCUGGCACCACCGAGAUUGGGUCUCCACCCGUCUGCCUCGACCGGACUGGGCCAGAGAGUUGAGCUUGUGCGACCGCUGCUUGAGCCUGGACGACCGCAACUUCCAUUGCUGGGAUUACCGCCGGAUGGUUGUGAAGAUGUCCGGCGUGCCCGUGGAUCAGGAGCUGGCGUUCACCGAUCGUCUCAUCGGCUCCAACUUCUCCAACUACUCCAGCUGGCACUACCGCAGCACCCUGCUGCCGCUGCUCCACCCGGAGUCUCCCGAGCUCCCGUCGCCUCCCCGGUCCUCCCUCCCGCCUUCCCCGCAGACCCACUCCCACCGCGUCUGUGAGGAGCAGCUCCUCAAAGAAUAUGAGCUUGUACAGAAUGCUUUCUUCACCGACCCAAACGACCAGAGCGCUUGGUUCUACUAUCGCUGGUUGCUAGGCAGAGCGGAACGUGAGGAGAUGAUCAGCUGUGUGUUCGUCAGCCGGGAGGAGGAGCGAGUGUCCGUCGCCUUCUCCAGACCCGUCAACGCGCAGUCCGUCGGCCUGCUGCUGGUCCUCGACGGUCUGCCUCAGAGGGUGGAGUGGAGCAGCGUCCACCCGCGCUUCAAACACAGCCCUGUCUGGAUCUGUGACCUCCCUCCUGGAACGGUAAGCGACAUCACCAACGAACACAACCUGACUGUUCACUGGAUGGAGAAACACACCCACAGAGACUGUGCUCUGUACACAGGUCGGACCGAGAGUUGGUGUCGGGACUCUGCUACGGAUCAGGAGCUGUUCAGGAGCGAACUCUCCGUAGAGAAGACCUCGGUGUUACAGUCAGAGCUGCAGUCAUGCAACCAGCUACAGGAACUGGAGCCGCUCAAUAAGUGGUGCUUACUGACCAUCAUCCUCCUGAUGAGGGCGUUGGACCCUCUGGGGUACGAAAAGGAGACGCUCGCUCAUUUCCAAACGCUGAAAGAAGUGGAUUCCACGCGCUCGGCUUACUACAGCGACCUGUGCAGCAAGUUCAUGAUCGAAAACACCAUCCUGAAGAUGGAGUACGCUGAAGUGCGCGUCUUCAGUAUUUCUGACAAGAACCUGACCACUCUAUGCCACCUGGACCAGCUGUUAUUGGUCACCCACAUCAACCUGUCCUCCAAUCAGCUGCGUCGACUGCCUCCUCAGUUCGCCAUGCUGCAGUGCCUGGAGGUCCUGGAGGCCGAUAACAACUCUCUAGAAAAUCUGGAAGGAGUUUAUCACCUUCCCAAACUGGAGGAAGUCCUCUUGAAGAAUAACAGUAUCCUUACAUUUUUGAUUGUAUUCAUUGAUUUGAAUUCAUUUAAAUAAAAUGCAGCCGAUGCCGUGUGUGUGUGUGUAUAAAGGAGGUUUAUAGCCGCAGCCACUUCAGACAGGCAUUGAAAUAACAACCAGGCACAAUGAUGGAAAUGAUUUAAAACAAAACAAAGGAAUGAAAGUCUGUGUACGAUAUUAACCCACGUAUCUCCGACUUGCUCAACCGGCCUGCCGCUCCCGACUCCCUCAGAACUUCAUCCAUUUCAAACUAAAUGAAAUAAUGUUGGAUUAUUAUUUAAGGGGCACGGCGAUGAACACAAGUUAUAUCCACACAUUGGAGAAGAAGACAGUUAAAACAACCAAAGAGACAGUAGUGAUGUAGU